AUGUCACAGGAGACAGACAAUAAGCGCUUGGUGGUGGUCGUUCCCAAUGAGAGCUCUUUCCCCGCCGUGCGGCGCGCUUACACCAGCGAGGAUGAGGCGUGGAGGUCGUACCUGGAGAACCCACUGACGGCUGCCACCAAGGCCAUGAUGAGCAUCAAUGGGGACGAGGACAGUGCCAAUGCCCUGGGGCUGCUGUACGACUACUACAAGGUGCCCAAAGAAAAGAGAGUUUUGGCAAUCCCCAAAGUUGCUGAAAUUCCUGAAGACCCGGAGAAAAGGCCAUUGUUGCCAAACAACCCCACCAGCCAAAAUGACACAGAAACUCUGGACAACCGUGUCCAGGUCCUAAAAUCUGUCCCGGUCAAUCUCUCACUCGGCACCGACCACCAGGAUCCCAAACUGUGCAGCUCAACGGGGGAGGCCCCAGCGGACGGAGACCCUCCAGCCGUGGCCGUGGUCAAGGCUGAGGUGUACGCGCCCGUCUUCAUGGCGGGACCCGGCCUCCACUACCGAGUGGAAGGAGAGGAGCGGGUGGUCUACGAGCAGAGUCCGUACGAAGUGACCACCGUCAACCACAGCUCGUACGUGAAAGAGGACCAGCAGAGUCCGCCUGACAGUCCUUACGAGGAGGAGACAGACGGGAAGUACCACUCACCUUCCUCUCUCGCUACAGACGACUUCUUAUUUCAUCAGGAGGGAGCUGGCAGUUUUCAGUAUACGUUGGACGCCACUCGCUCGCUGCGCCAGAAACAAGGCGAGGGACCCAUGACUUACCUAAAUAAAGGCCAGUUUUACGCCGUGACGCUCAGCGAGCUCAGUGCCAACAAGCGCCUCCGUCACCCCAUCAGCAAAGUCCGGAGUGUAAUCAUGGUGGUGUUCAGCGAGGACAAGAACCGAGACGAGCAGCUCAAAUACUGGAAGUACUGGCAUUCGCGGCAACACACGGCCAAACAGCGGGUCCUCGACAUCGCUGAUUACAAGGAGAGCUUCAACACAAUCGGGAAUAUUGAAGAAAUCGCCUACAAUGCCAUCUCCUUCACCUGGGAUGUGAAUGAAGAGGCCAAGAUCUUCAUCACCGUCAACUGUCUGAGCACAGACUUCUCCUCCCAGAAGGGGGUGAAGGGUCUUCCUCUGAUGAUCCAGAUCGACACGUACAGCUACAACAACCGCAGCAACAAGCCGCUCCACAGGGCGUACUCGCAGAUCAAGGUCUUCUGUGACAAGGGAGCUGAGAGAAAAAUAAGAGAUGAAGAGAGGAAAUUACUGCGCAAGAAGUCGAAAGGGAAAGAUGGCGGUGUCGGGGUCAUAACUAUUCCCAAAAAGUCCGACGUCACUUUCUUCAAGACCUUAACGGACUUGGAGGCCCAGCCGGUCCUCUUCAUCCCCGACGUUCACUUUGGUAACCUGCAGAGGGCUGGACAGGUGUUUACGUUCAACGCAGAAGAGAUUGACAGAGAAGGGAGCGUGUUGGUGAAGAGGAUGUUCAGGCCAUCUGAUGAAGACCUGUGCCCGUCACCGCACAAACAGAGCCGGGAGGAGACGCACAAACGAGUGCUGCUGUACGUCAGGAAGGAGACGGAUGAAGUGUUCGAUGCUCUGAUGCUGAAGUCUCCAACCCUCAGAGGACUGAUGGACGCUAUAUCAGAGAAGUAUGGCGUGCCCACAGAGAGGAUAGCCAAAGUGUACAAGAAAAGUAAAAAAGGAAUCCUGGUGAACAUGGACGACAACAUCGUCGAGCACUACUCCAACGAAGACACUUUCAUCCUCAGCAUCGAGAACAGCGCCGACGCCUUCAAGGUCAUUCUGACGGAGAUCUGACGGUUCGCCCUCGGAUCUCAACGCCUGCAGGAGAAACGUCUGAUGAGUUGAUGGACUUUACUUCGAACCUCUGAAUCCCCUGAUUCCCACACUACACUUACCUCUAUGAAGCAUUUUCUAUUUCCUAUGCAGGAUGAUUAAAAAAGAAAAACGGACGUUCUUGUGAAUUGAUAGAAGAAAUGCUGGACUCCAUGCCCACGUACUUCGGUUUUACUGAAUAUUUUUACUGUAUAAACUCUUUGUAUAAAAUAAUUAUGUACAGACGCGUUUUGGCCAAAUGUCACGUCAGAAGUAGCCACUUAAAUAUAUCUGAUGUGCUGUAUGUAGCCGCAGCUUUAAUUUACUUAGUUGAUUCCAAGUACAACUUAGCAGCUUUUUUUUUUCUGCAUGCCAAACAUUGUUUUUGCUAGAAGUGUCAUUAUUUAUUAUUUUUUUUUGUAUUUCUAUACGUAUGAUCCAAGAAUUUCAAGUAGAUUUCUUCAAAAUCAAAGUAAACGAAUUUUUAAAUUGUUUGACGCUCUCGUCUUUCAGCCACGUGGUAAAAGCUACAUUUUAUUUGGUAUGGUUUUUAAAACGUACGAAUGAAAUAUUUCAUUUGUAAAUGGAGAUGUAAUAUAAGUACGGCUGUUUUGAAAAUAUAAUAAAAACAAACGGAACAAAAAUGUCCUUUUUCAAAUAGCUAUAAUCAACUAGGCAAUCGCAAGAAAUAAAAAAAAUAAUUUCUACUCGUAUAGAGGUGUGAAAAAAUAUAAAUUUGUUUUUUGUUUUUAAAUCAUGCUUGCUGUUAUCAGAUGUUAUCAGAUUUUUUUUUUAGUUCAUCUGAUCUGGGUCUGAAUUUACUACAAUUAUUAUUUUUUUGUUUGGAAAAAUGUAGGAAAAACUUGACGGUAGCUCUCGUCUCCAAAAGUGUCUCAACUAAUGUAGGUAACGCCUCACAUGAGGUCAGGUAAGUCUAGUGGCUUUUAUUUCCUAAAAUUAAAUAAUUCAAAAACUAGAUAUUUUAUUAACUCUGAUUAUCUUUGACAUUAAAACCUGAUGCUGUGAAAACAUUUAGGUGCGAUAAAACGAAGACAAAAAAUAAGAAGAAAUCUGAAGUUUUUCCACAAACCAUGGAUAAGUUUCAAGCUUUGACUUAAAAUACUGAAAUUGUUUUCUUAUUUUUACCAAUCCAAAAAAAAAUAAUCCAGUUUUAUGCACUUAUGUUACAAAAAGAGCUGCAAAAAUAGAUCCUUACUCCUCCGUUUUGCUUUUAUUUGAACAAAAUGAACAUCCUACACAGAAUACAUGAUGCAAAGGACCCAUGCAAAAUCUAGAAAAUUAUACAGUGACUUUUUUUUUUUUUCCCUUUUUGUUCAACAGUUGAACCGUACAGAAUAAAUGGAUACAAUACUGUG